UCCAUCCCUGUCCCCCAUCCCUGUCCUCCAUCCCUGUCCCCCAUCUCUGUCCCCCCAGCCCCUCGUGGGGCUCUUGGGGCCGCAGGAAACCAUCGCGAGCGGAGGAAGCGGCAGAACCCAAACCACACGUCACGUGCUGAGCCCGCCCGGCCCCCACACCACAGAGAGAGAAGGGGGGGGACACACGGCCUGGAUGGGACCCCUCGGAGCUGUGGGACACUGAGGGACACGGUGGGACACUGAGGGACACGACAGGACACGGUGGGACACGCUGGAGGAUGCCGGAGGUGGGAGGAUGGAGGAGGCGGUGGUGAAGCAGGGGGGGAUCUACCUCCAGCUCCAGCAGACCUUCGGCAAGAAGUGGAAGAAGUUCUGGGGCGUCUUGUACCGGGAGAGCUCCUGCUCCACAGCCCGCCUGGAGCUGCUGGAGGGCUCGGGGCCGGGGGAGAAGGCCCGGAAAGGCGAGGGGAGCAAGAGGCUGGUCCGGCUGAGCGACUGCGUGCACGUGGCCGAGGCGGGGGGCGAUGCCACCUGCCCCAGGGACACCGUCCCCUUCCUGCUGGAGACCACGGACAGGCGCUUCCUCCUGGCUGCUGACGGCGCCGAGGCGGCCGACUGGAUCCAGAGGCUGUGCGAGCUGGCAUUCCCGAGGAGCAGGGAGGAGCAGGCAGCGGGCAGGGACGGCCCUCAGAGCUCUCUGGGCACCGAUGGAGAGUUCUCCAUGGAGGAAAACUCCCUGUACAGCUCCCGGGGCAAAGCCGGCCUGGAGCAGGAGUUCGAGGUGACGGUGAGGGCCACGCAGUCGUCGCAGCGCUGCCGGCUCUGGGGCCGCUGCAUCCUGCGGGCCGGGGAGGAGGCGCUGGAGCUGCGGCACUUCCAGAGCUCGGAGCUGCUCUACAGUUGGCCCUACCGCUUCCUCAGGCGCUUCGGGAGGGACAAGGCGACGUUCUCCUUCGAGGCCGGCCGGCGCUGCACCUCCGGGGAGGGCAACUUCGAGUUCAACACCCGCCAGGGCAACGAGAUCUUCCAGGCCAUCGAGUCGGCCAUCGACGCCCACCGGGGCCGGGGGGGCCCUGGAGAAGAAGCCCCCCGGCCCCUCGGCCACUCCAGGACGCCCAGCUGGGCACAGGGGCACGAGGAGCCCGGCGGCCCCAAGGAGCCCGCCCGCGAGGGGAAGGUGCCCAAAGCCAAGCCCCCCGUGGUGAUGCCCCCCCUCGGCGGCUGCUCCGGGGCUGGGGAGCCCUCCCGGGGGGCUGAUUAUCCCUAUGCCGAGCCCUGUGAUUCCCUCCUCCGUGGGAAACCCGCGGUGCCGGGCAAGAGCUGGAAGCAGGAUGCUCCGGCCGGGGCGGAGUGCGAGUACGCCGUCCCCUUCGACGCCAUCGCCAAAGCCCUCCUGGCCCGCCAGUUCGGCGGCCUGGGGGGCCCCGAGGGGGGUCCCGACCCCCCCUACACCCCCAGGGAGCCCGGGGGGGGUCCCCAGCAGCCCCCCCAGCAGCCCCCCCCGCGCCCCACGGCCGCCAAGCCCGAGCACAUCUACGACGAGCCCGAGGGUCUCUCCGCCCUGGCCGUGUACGACGAGCCCGAGGAGGUGAAGGGCGAGGCGUGGAGGCUGCAGGCGGCCCCCGAGGAGCCCCCCAGGCACGACCAGCCCUACAACCCCCAGCGGGACGACUACGCCGUGCCCAAGAGACCCGUCCCGCUGCGCCAGCCCUUCCUGCUGCAGGGCAAGGAGUGGCUCGGCGACACCGACUACGACAACGUGGCCCUCAAGGUGGCCAAGAAGAGGAACCUGCAGUGAGCGGGACGGGGAGGAGAGGAGGGAAGGACCCACCCCCCGGCUGUCCCGGGCAGAGUUAUCCCGACCCCCGCAGAGCUGAGACCCCCUCCCAGCUCAGCGCACCUGCGGCUUGGGGGGGGACGGGCAUCCCUGGGGAGGGGCGGGGGCACAUCUGGGCAGUGCUGGGGCACAUCUGGGCAGUGCUGGAGCACAUCUGGGCAGCAGCAGGGGCGCAUCUGGGAAGCUCUGCAGUUGCGAUGCGCCCACUGGAGGGCAGUGCGAGCCCACCGUACAACAGCCCGUGCCCACCGUACAACAGCCCGUGCCCACGGCUCCGGUCCCCCCGCGGCCCCGGGUGCCAAAUCCCUCCCCUCGUCCCGCUCAAAGCUCGGGAAUACCAGCUCUGCCCCGCACGGACCCCCGCGCACCCCUCCAGAGGCAACAGGAGCAUCCAUGGGCCUGGGAUGCUCAGGCUGUGCCGGCUGGGGAUGCACAUCCCACACCUCGGGAUGGACAAUCCCCAGGGAUGCACGUCCCGCCCCUGAGAGCCCCCGUGCCCACACGCAGCCCCCAGUGCUCCCAGUAUGCACCAGUUGCCGUGGCAGGGCUGGGCGCUGUGCCCGUCUGAAGGUCCUGCCACAUCCUCCCUCAGCACCAGCAGGGCUGUAAAUUCCUGCUGUUUCAGCCGCGUUUUUAUUUGUAAUUCUUUUUAUAAACCCACUUUCCAGCCCAUUCUGAAUUAUAGAUGGAAUGUUUGGCUUCAUUGUCACGGAGAUUUUCGUGGCUGGCUCUGCUCCUCCCAGUACGGACCAGUAUGUGGCUGGACACAGCCUGACUUGCUUUGGGUCCUCCUCCUCCUCCUCUUCCUCCUCCUCCCAGCCACUUCCAGGCCUGCCCAGCCCUUCCUUGGGCCCAGCACCAUCCCCAAUUCCGUGAAUUCCCCCACGGUGAAUUCCACGUUUCCCUGGCACAGGCCGCUCUCCCAGGGCUGUGCCAGGCUCUGUCUGUGCCCAUCACCCUGCCCAGACCACCUUGGAGCCCACCAGCUCCACCAGCACCCCGGAGGGACCUCGGGAGCUGCCGCCAGUCCCUCCCCAUCCCACCAUCCCAUCAGCUCUUUUCCAGGGAAGGCAAAGACAAGCCAUGAAUUAUUCAUAAUCUCUUCCAAUCAAAGAAACGGCUCAGGUGCUUCAGUUAAUUUCCUGGAUCCUGAAAAACCCGAAGUGCGGAUUUUAAUAGGGCAAAUUAAGUGCUUUUUAUAUUGUGCCCUGAUUAAAGCUCCGUGUCCAUCGAUCCGUCGUGGAUCGGAGGGGACGGGACACACGGGACACACGGGACACACAGCCUCGGGCAGGUGGCCCUGGGCUCCAUCACCUGCUCCAGGUGGGAUCCCAGGGGGUGCUCCAGGUGCAGAAACACCUAAGAGUGGUCAAAAAUAA